AUGGCAGAAGGAUUUUCCAGGCCAACACGACUCUCGUUUGAAGGCAGUGUUGCUGAGAAUUGGCGUCGCUUCAAACAGAACUAUGAAAUAUACAUUGUUGCUGCAGGACAUAGUCGGAAAUCAAAGAAAGAAAAGUCAUGCAUCCUCUUAAAUCUAGCUGGCGAAGAUGCGGUUGAAAGAUAUAAUUCUUUUACCUACAACGAAGAGGAAGACAAAGACGAUCCAGAAAUUCUAUGCGAGUUUGGUGACCUCGAGAGCGAACUUAUUAAAGAUCGUAUUGUGUGUGGGAUUAACAGUGAUGCAGUAAGAAAGAUUCUCCUUCGCGAAACAAGGUUAACUUUAGACAAGGCUCUAAACAUAUGCAGUGCAAACGAAUUGUCGGAACAACAAGUAAAAGAUCUUACUAAUUAUCAAGAUGUCGAUGAACUGAAGGCUAGGAAGAAUUUGAAAACCUCAAGAGGAAGUUACACAAACUUAAGUCAAACAAAAGAAGAUAAACAUCGAGGACAAAGAUUCGUAUUAAAGAACAAUUGCAGAAACUGUAGAGGAAAACAUCUUCCAAAGCAAUGCCCAGCUUUUGGAAAAAUUUGCCACAAAUGUCAUAAGAAAAACCACUUUGCUCGGGUGUGUCUAACGUCUACACAAAAGUUACAAAGAACAGUUCAUGAAGUUAGUGAUGAAGAAUUGUUUAAUGGUGCUGUUAAUGCAAUCAAACCUACGCAACAACGCACAAGCUCGAAAGUCGACUAUCGAAUGAAUAUUGAAGCUGUAGAAAAAAGCAAUGACGAGUGGUAUUCUGAACUCAAAUUUGGCAGACAUUUGGUGAACGUGAAGGUGGAUACAGGCGCAAAAUGUAAUGUGCUUUCUAAAAAAUUGUUCGACAAAGUCAAAGAAGCUGAGCAACAAGUUACCAAAACAAAUACAAAGCUAAUGUCGUAUAGUGGAGAUUCAGUUCAAACCUUGGGACAAGCAGUGAUGACGUGUUCUUACAAAGACAAACGAUACAAUCUUCUUUUCUAUAUAGCGACACACGAUGUAAAGCCUAUUCUUGGUUUACCUGAUUGCGAGCGUUUGGGUAUGGUGAAAAGAAUUAAAGAUGUCAAACCUAUUUUCACUAGGGACGAUAUUCUCAAUAAAUAUGCAGAUCUCUUCGAUGGCAAACUAGGAUGUUUACCCAUUAAACAUCAUAUCAGUGUCAAUCCAAAUGUAAAACCUACAAUUCAUCCUCCUCGACGCGUUCCAGUAGCUAUGAGAACGAAAAUUAAAGAAGAGUUAGAACGAAUGCAACAGAUGGGUGUCAUCGAUCCUGUAGAAAAACCUACGGAAUGGGUUUCGUCAAUGGUAACAGUGGAAAAACCAAACAAGUUACGAAUAUGUAUUGAUCCUAGACAUCUUAAUGAAGCCAUUCAGCGAGAACAUUACCCUCUCUUAACAAUAGAAGAAGUCGUAUCAAGACUACCUGGAGCUAAAAUUUUCUCCGUAUUCGAUGCAGCCUCUGGAUUUUGGCAGAUACCUCUAGAUGAAGAUUCCAGUUAUCUUACAACAUUCAAUACGCCUUUGGAGAUACAAAUUCAAUCGUCUCCCAUUUGGUAUAUCCUCAGCACCUGA